GAUAUCUGGGUUGAAAAGGGGGAAACCCUGUGAUUUUGGUACAAUGAAUACAAAACUUAAUGAAAACGAGAUAAAUGAAAAAUUACGUGAUGUGAAUUCCAUCGGGGGAUUCUAUGCCGGAACUGGAAUUCUUGUGACUGGUGGGACAGGUUUCGUGGGCAAAGGCCUCCUCGAAAAACUGAUACGCACGUGUUCACACAUCGCUGCUAUUUUUAUAUUGAUCCGUCCGAAACGUAACCAAACGAUAGAACAACGAUUUAAGAAGAUAAUAGAUGAUCCGAUUUUCGAUGGUGUUAGAGCACAAAACCCAGCAAUUUUCUAUAAAAUUCAUUUCGUGGAGGGCGACGUGACUCUACCAGAUUUAGGUCUUUUGCAAAAAGACAGAGAUAUGUUGAUAGAGAAUGUAAACAUAGUGUUCCACAUUGCGGCCACUAUAAAUUUCCAUCAACCAUUGGAUAUGAUUGUCAAUGUAAAUGUGAAAGGUACCGCUAAUAUUAUCAAACUGUGCAAGGAACUCAGGCAUGUAAUUAGCGUUGUCUAUGUGAGCACAGCUUACAGUAAUCCGAAUCUAUCAGACAUCGAGGAAAAGGUCUACACCACGAAUCUAGAUCCCUCUCUCGUGAUGGAUAUAUGCGACCGACAAGACAAAGAAUUGAUUAAUCUGCUCGAAGAAAGAAUUUUAAAAACGUAUCCGAACACAUACACGUUCACCAAGAAUCUUGCAGAGCAGACAAUAUCCAACAAUAGCAAAGGAUUGACUGUUGCGAUAGUGCGACCAAGUAUAAUUUCUUCCUCGCUAAAAGAACCGUUCCCUGGUUGGUUGGUAUCUUUUGCUGGACAAUCAGGUAUCUUCAUGAAUAUCGGCAAUGGUAUAGCAAAAGUACUAUUGGGUAAGGGAGAUGUAAUAUCAGAUGUAGUGCCUGUUGAUUAUGUAGUCGACGCGAUAAUGUGUGCCGCGUGGCACGUCACGCUACAUAUUGAUAAUAAUGUCAAAGUUUACAACUGUACGAGCAGCGCACGUCCCAUCAAGUACGGAAUCAAUAUUUAUUACAGAAUUUUUUUAAUUAACGUAACUCAAUUUGUGAUUAAUGUACGAAAGAUUAUGAUAAACUUAAAAAAAGAUAUUGAGAACACAAAUGGAUAAGAGCCAGCCAGAUUU